ACUCAUUCCAAUGAAAUAGGUCGCUGACGAGUAAAAUUUGGUUCUUAAUCCCAGCACAUGGCCCAGCCUAUUUUUCCCAUCUACGUCUCCAUGGACAACUCUAGAUACGUCCAACCCUUCUCACUUGUCAUUCUAUACUGCUGAAUAACAACCUGCUUGAACCUACCAAGUUUGCUUUCAAUAUGUUAUCCCAAGACGGCGACUCGAAAAAAGGUGAAGAACAUCUGCCGUUUAUAGGGGCGCACGAUGAACUUCAACUGCCACGGCACGGCCAGAGACGUUUUAUCCCAAACACCACAGCCUGGGCACGAGUAUACAUCGCCGUUCUUCACGUGCUGAUUGCCACUCUUCUAUGGGCUCUCUACCGGCAGGCAAGCAUCCCAACUCACUACCCAAAGCCUGAGAUUGGGCGUACCUGGUCUCCUGCUCAUCAUCUCAUCGAAUACGAGCUCAAUGACGAGCACACCAAUAAUCAUACACACUACACCAAGUAUUCGGGUCCUCCUUCCGACGAUCAAGACAAGGCUUGGGAUGAAUUAAUCAGACCUAUCUUCUUCAACGUAAGCCUCGAAGAGGUAGUGAAAGCUGAGGAGAGCGUGCCGGAUGAGCUUACAGAGCUUGAAGACGGAGGCUACCUGGCCAUUCUAGGGGUCUACCAUGAGCUUCACUGUCUGCGGCAACUACGAUUCUGGCUGUACAGGGACAGAUACUAUCCCAACGUCACUGAGAAAGGGAGCGAAUAUAUACACAACCACCUGGAUCACUGUCUGGAGACUCUACGGUUGACCAUUCAGUGCCACGCCAAUACAGCUCUCUAUACAUUUCACUGGGCAGAUCCGGCAGACAUCCAGCCCAGCACCAAGUCGAAUUCACGGUCAGUCUGCGCGAAGUGGGAGCCAAUUGAAGCUUGGGCCUACUCGAGGCGGGUAGCUAUAUCUCCGGUAUACACGGAAAAGCACCCUAUGAUCUAAUUAGCCGGGAGGGUCUCCGUGGUAGUUAGGGUAGUCUGAGUCAAAGUCUGGAGUUCCGCUGUUUAAGUGUGAAAAUUGGAAAUGGACAUUUCAAGGCACCUAAUUGAUGCUCAUGGAGGUCUCCUAGUUCAUUUUCCCGACGCACAUUGCACUAUCAAGACGCACCGUAACGAAAAGCCCGCAAUACACGCGAAUGGGCGUUCCAUACCAGUCCGUCAGUGGUUCCGGGUGGUUGGGGGCGGAAUCACAUGCCUGAUCCCACUCACGGCUCUAUUAUGUACCUACAUAGUUACAUUUCAAACUGGAACCAAGUAUUGUCAAAUUCUGAUUGAUCGGCAUUCAUUGCGAGUCUCACCGAGAUCCUUCGGUGUAGAGUUUCAUUGAGAUCCUUGAGCAUAGAGGCGCCGCGGCAACAUCCCGUCUAGUAGGUAUCGGUCUUGUCCGGUGCCGCUGUCCUCUCAAUUUGAUUCACGUUGCUAGAUACGUACGUCUCAUCGAUGGAAUGCACCAUAAUUCUCGCCACUGACAUGAGCGCCGCUUGAACAGUUGCUAACCUUUACAGAAUAGAG